GUAUAUAGAAGGACUGAAUUCAGAGAAUAGGACCAUUACAGAAUGGGAAAAAACUUUCACAGCAACGCCAGAGAACACGUCAGUACCAGAUGAGUCCCGGCUGCCAACACAUUGGCUUGGUCAAGGAGCCGGGUACCAUGGCAGUGUAACUGAUGCAUUAUGGGCCAUGCGGGAUCUCAUGUUGAAAGAUGCUCUAAGUAUACAGAGGACAUUACCUUUUGAGGCAUUAUAAAUGAUGUUGUAGUGACACAAUAUGACUCAUCUGACGAGGGAGAAAUGAUCUGUUUCAGCCACGGUGCUCAACAUACAAUAAUCUCAUACAAUACAUACAACUAGAUAUAUAUAUACAAUACAUACAACAAUAUAUAUAUAUACUAACAAUGUUGUGUCUGAAAUAGACAUUAAAAUACACAUCAAACAUUACACACAAUAUUGAUUUUAAUUUCCUCAUACAUUACAAACAAAGUAAAUACAGAUUUGAAAUUUUUGUUUUCUAAACACUCAAGAUAAAUGUAAAAUUUUUGUAAUAUUACACUCAGUAUUGAUUUUAUUUUGUCACAUAUUACCCACAUUUUCAAUAUUGUGUGUAUUUUUUCAAUAUUGCGUGUCAUACAUUAUCUCACUCAUUAUUCAGGUGACUUACACACUGGUAAUAUUUUGAGUGUAAUAGUUCACAUAUAAACACUUGGUAUCAAUGUUUAUGAUCCAUUACUCAUAUUUACACGAUAGUGUUUAGUUUAUAUUGUCAGUGUACACAACAUAAAUUCAUACAUUACACUCGUGUUAUAUAUUGUGUUCAAUUCAUUAUUGUGUAUACAUGUCAUAAAAUUUAUUGAUUUAGACAUAAUUGCUUUAUUUCAUAAAUAUUUUACAUUAUUAAUGUUACUGGUCAUGUUUAAUGUCAGAUAAAAGUGGUUUGCUUUUAUUUCUAUCUGAAGUUUCAUGUUUUCAUUAUUUACUUAUAUAUAGUGUAUAUUUUUCUCUAAAGAUAUUUUUUUGGUGAAAAUUACAAUGAGUGGAAUAAAUAGUGUCACAUUAUAUUUUGUCAUGUGAUGUGAAUAAGUUACGGAACAAAUAUGUAUUUAGAUUAUACACUGUUUGAAAAGACAAUGUCCAAAAACUGGAAAUAGUACAUGUGUAUAUUACCUUCACAUUUUGGUGUGUUUACUUACGACUAUCUAGGAUGGCACAAAAUGCAGACUUAGCAUGGAUUUAUAUAAUUGACUUGAUCAAGUAGGGAAAAUACUUCAUUUUAAUUCUCUUUAGGGCCAAUACAGAUAAAGAAAAUAUUGUGUGUGAUAUAUUACAAGUUUUGUUGUGUUUCUCAGAGUUUAAAGUAAAGAAAACUUUGAUGUUGUAUAGUGAAAAUAUUGUUAGAAAAAAAAGUAGGCGCGCCAAAUUUAGUUUUUAGAAUAUUGAAAGUUUGCUUUGUCGGUCCUUUGUUGUGAAUGAACAGUAAAUUUAUACGUAUUUUUAUCAACUUCCUUUAUUGUUGUAAAAUUCAGUCCCCAGUGCUAUGACUUUUACAAGAACACAUGUUGUGAAUGAAAGUCAUGAUAAAAUAGUUUGUUUUGCCCACAUUUUACUUAAGUCAUCUUUAAAAUCAUCAAUAUGAAUCAUUAUUGAAGCACUAAAGUAGCGAUGGUUUUUAACUUAAUUUUAAACAAAAUCAUAUUUCAGACAUGAGAUAAAUCUUUCUUUUUCAAUUUACAGGAAAGAGUGAAAGUCAUUUGUUUCUAAAAAAAAAACAAAAAAACUUCAUACAUGCUGUAAAUUUGUGUUGUUAUUUGUUACAUUUGUGCACCAAAAGUAGUCACUAGACCGUGCAAUGAUUCUAAAAUAAAUGUGAAUAUAGGGGGAAAAUACAUGGUAAGGGUGAUUGUUUAAAAGUUCAUGUAUAAUAUUGAGUAUUUAUGUAAUAAGUUAGAUAAAUCUAUUGUGUGUGUUUUGCUCUACAUUGUAAUGACUGUGGCUUUUUAUGAACAUGAAAGGUGUUUGUGUUUUUUUAAUUUUUAUUUGAAUUAUUGUAUUCACCAUGAUAGAUUUUGCUUAUAUUAAAAGAUGUUUUCAACAAACUAAUUUUGUUUAGUGGGAAUUCUUCAUAUUAUAUUUAUUGUUAAGAGUAUCUACAUCUGAAGCAGAAACCUUUCUUUUCUGAAUUGUUGAUGAACAUUUGAGAAGUAAGACUGUCUAGUGACAUUGAAUGAUGUAAGCUAAUGGUUGCAAAAAAUCAGAACAAUUAAAGUCAGUCUAACUACAAAAAAAGUACAUGUUUAAUCAUCCACGAUGCCAUAUCUUGUCAAAAGCCAUCAACUGCAUGGAACACAACACAUAUCUGUUUAGGCGGCAAAACCCAUCAGCAACAGGAGGCAAAACCUAUCCUCUGUAGAUAGUGAAGCCUAACAUCUGCAUGGAAGAGCUGUUGAAAUGUAAAGAUACAUCAGUUGUAUUUCCGACAUAUACCAUUCUAAUGAAAACUGUACAGAAGACAAUGUCCAUCAUGUAUGUGUGGCGGUGUAAGGAUAACAAUAGUGCUAAUUUCUACUAUGAUCAUUUUGUUUGUAACUUUGUACAUUUUUAAACAUUAAAUGAACUUCACUGAGAAUUUUUAGCAUGAUGGGACUGGAAAUAAUUUUUAGAGAUAAAUGUUCUAUUUGAUGUAGAUUUUGACCAAUAACUUGUAUGACAAAUUUCAGAUCAUUCACUCACUGUUUCUCGUGAAUAAUUAUCCUUAUGAAAAAAAAUGACCAAAAAUGGAAAAUCAUUCAAACACUUUUCACUCAAAUUGGGUAAAGAAUAGUACCAAAAAAAACAACAUUUUUUUUUUUUUUUAAAUUAAUUUCUGAGAAUAUAUUUCUUAAUUGUCUUUUGCAUAUCUUUUUGUUUUAAGUGCCCCAGGUGAUCUAUGUAAGAAAUUCAUAAUUAUUGUUUUAAGCAUUUAGACAGUCAGUGGAGUUCUUGUAAGAAUACAGCUUGUGUUUUUGGGAAACUAUUUUGCUUUUUUCUUAAUUUUGAAAAUUUUGUUAUCAAAAUUUACAAUAGAAACAAGUAAAAAAUGAGAUUCCAAAAAAAAUGUACCACAAUAACAUUUUCGUUGAAUGCAAUUGACGUGAAUUUUAUUUCUUUUAUUUUUUUUGCUCAGGGAGAUCAUUAUACAUUUCUGACUGCCAGUUCAUAUUUAUAAUAUAUUUACAAAACAAAGCAAUUUCAUCCUCAUAUGUUACUAUUUCAGCCAAAAUAAUUGUUUUGUUCCAUUUUCUCAACAUGAUUUAUUCAUAAUCUCAUUAUCUGAACACAAAAACUAGAAUUUUCAUUCAGCAAAUUUUUUUUUUGCAUAUGUAACAGUAAGAUGCGAGAUUCUAAGUUCGUUAAAUGUACCAUUUUUUUUUCAUGCAUUAUUGUAAAAAACUCCCAUCACUGCCAAUAUCUGUAGUAGAAUGUAUACAUGAUACUCAUUAUGUAGUUUGAUAGAUCUUGUCAAUGUUUAUCUUUAUUUAUGAUUUAUUGUCCGUGUGACAGGUCUGGAUAUGGAAAUAAAAGUAUGCUUUAAGUUCA